AUGUCGUAUACAGACAAAGAUUCGAUCCUCGCUCUCGGGCAGAUCGACCCUGAGUUGAAAGCCUUCCUCGAGAAGGCCAACCUGCCGCCACCGGAUUACUCUGAUCUCACUGACUUCAAGAUCAUGGUAGACAAGCGCAACGAAGAAGCCAUGAAGGCGCUGGGUCAGCCGCCAGAGGGAGUCAAGCAGAGCGAACUGCAAUACCCCACUCGGGAUGGCACCAAGCUACGCGCGAAGCUCUAUCAACCGACAAAUCCACCCAGCAGCGGUAGCCCCUUGGUUGUGAUAUACCAUGGCGGCGGAUUCUGCAUCGGUGCGCCCGAGGGCGAGGAGCAGACGUGCCGUAACUUUGUCCAGGCCUUCGGAGCCGUCUGCAUAUCCGCUUCGUACCGACUGGCGCCAGAUUUCAAAUUUCCCUACGCUCCCAAGGAUGCGUGGGACUGUCUGAAAUGGGUGGCAGAGAACGCAAACUCCUGGGGUGCUGACCCUUCGAAGGGGUUUGUCAUUGGGGGCACUUCAGCUGGCGGAAAUAUCAGCGCCGUCCUGGCCCAUGUGGCUCGAGAUGAGAAGCUGUCGCCGCCUCUGACCGGACAAUAUCUUGCUAUCCCAGCCGUGCUGCCGGAGAAGAAAGUACCGGCUAAGUACCAGCAAUACAUGUUCUCAUACGAACAGAACAAGAACGCUCCAGUCCUUCCCGUUGCCGCGAUUGACAUGUUCAUGCGAGCAUACCAGCCCGACGAGGACGACGGGGUGUGGUAUGCUGCGUUCAACCAUCCAAAGGGCCACAAGGACCUUCCUCCCGCGUUGUUCCAGGUCGAUGGGAUGGACCCGCUGAGAGACGAAGCCCUCAUUUAUGAGCGUGUCUUGCGGGAGGAAUACGGUAUCAAGACCAAGAUGUACGUUUAUCCUGGUCUGCCGCAUGGCCAUUGGGGUUUCUUCCCGUUCCUCAACGGAAGCGAGAAAUUCCGCAAGGAGCAGGUCGAGGGUAUGGGUUGGCUGCUUGGGCGAGAACCUGAUUUCACCAAUGUCAAAACCGCCGCCGUGGCCGCUGGUGUUUGA